AUGGCGUCGCUUAUCGCCAGACGCGGCCUGAGCGCCGCCCUGGCCCGCCCAACCCUCCGCUCCACGAUCCCGGCCUGCACCACUGCCUUCACCACAAGCAUCCCCCGCCGCGCCGACAACGUGCCGCAGAGAGAUCCCAAAGAGACCGCACAGUCCAUUCUUGACGCACUCCCCGGCAACAACCUCGUCUCCAAAACCGCCAUUCUCUCCGCCGGUGCCGGUAUCUCCAUUGCCGCGAUCUCCAAUGAGAUCUACGUUGUAAACGAGGAGUCCAUUGUCGCUUUCAGUAUCCUCACUAUCUACUGGUCUAUCUACCAAUAUGCCGGUCCUAUGUACAAGCAGUGGGCGGACUCGCUAGCGGACAAGUACGCUGGCAUUCUGAAUGCGGCAAGGAAGGACCACACCGACGCCGUCAAGGCUAGGAUCAACAAUGUGAAGGACCUGAGCGGGGUGAUUGACAUCACGAAGGACCUGUUCGCGGUCUCGAAGGAAACUGCCCAACUAGAGGCCCAAGCCUACGAGCUCGAGCAGCGUACUGCGCUUGCGCACGAAGCGAAGACCGUACUUGACAGCUGGGUCCGCUACGAGGGUCAGGUCAAGCAGCGACAACAGCAAGAGCUGGCCGCCAGUAUCAUCGCCAAGAUUGAGAAGGAGCUCGAGAAUCCGAAGGUGCUUGACCAGAUCCUGAAGCAGAGCGUGUCUGAUAUCGAACGCAUUGUCAGCCAGAAGUCGUAA